AUGCUGACAGCGAUCGCGUCAAUGCCGGUCCAGGCUGGCGAGUCGUCGCGCAGCGUGCUGCCCUCUUUGACACCCAUCGACAAAGCAUUGGAGCUCACUUCUUUUCAAUCGUGGUACCCCCUUUUCAAGAAGGUGUCUCCCAAAGCCACUGUACUCAGCCUUGAUGAGCUGGAACCUGAUUUUUUGGACUGGCUGGAGGAAGAUGGACUGACGCUGCCCGAGGGAAGCGAAGGGCCGUCGGUGCCGCACGCAAGCAUAGAAGGUGUUACAGACAAAAUGGUGGACAGCGAGACCGAGACGUCUGAUUCUGAGGAAUCAGAAGCGGAAGCAAGUGACAGAGGCGGAGGCGUUCCAAGGCGCUUCGUGGCGCUCGACGAACGGAUCAGGCAGGUCAUGGCCAGGUACGAUGGCCGCAUCUUCCCUAAGCUCAAUUGGAGCGCUCCAAGGGAUGCCGCUUGGAUUCUUCCUGGGUCCAACUUGCAAUGCACAACGCCAGCGGAUGUCUACCUCCUGCUCAAGUCGUCGGAUUUUGUCGCCAACGAUGUGGCCCAAGCCCGCGAGCUUCUGUUGUCAGACAAUACUGCUUCCACAACCACUUCGCAAAGCCCGCCAGGAGAACUUUUAACCAAAUCGGUGCAAAUUGGGCACGCGGUUCCACCACGCCCAAGCCUCUACCUUGUUCUCAAGAAGUGGUUUGACAUGCCGUCAUCCGCCGAGUUCCGCUGUUUUGUCCGUGCUGGUCGUUUUGUUGCAAUCUCACAGCGCGAUGAAAACUAUUACGAACACCUUCAGCCUUCACACGUCCGCCAAAGAGCCAUCAAAGCCUUGCAUUCAUUUUGGCUGGACUACUUGCAUAGAAAGGAAUUUGAGCCGAAGGAGCUUCGUGCGAGUAGUGGAGAAGGCGAUCCGACUCCGGCACCGGCACCCCCCCCGGCUGCAUCGAAAAGGUACGAGCUCAAUGACUACGUCUUCGACGCAUAUAUUACGCGGGACAUGUCCAAAGUGUUCCUGGUCGACAUCAAUCCGUACUUGCCGCGAACAGACGCUUUGCUCUGGGACUGGGAAGAGCUCGAAGACCUGGCUGCGGGCAAGCCCAUUCGACUGAAGCCGGAUGGCGUCCACGAAAAAGGCACAGGCGACGAUAGCGGCACUUCGACAAGUGAUGAAAGCUCAGACGACGAAGAGUUCGAGACGGUGCUACGCGUGUACACGGAUGGCAAGCGAGCACCAGAGGAGAUCCGACGUCCACUAUCAGAAGCUGAACGGCUCCGCAAGCGGUUACCGAAGCUGCGCGUAAUCACAUCACAUGCCCAGGCACAACAAGCGGCCAGCGGAGCGGUACCGAAGUAUGCUCGAAACAUGGUACCGCAGGACGUGAUCGACGCCAGCGACGGACAAUCAAUUGCGGAAUUCGCACACGAGUGGGGAAACAGACUUGGCGAGGCAAUGAAGGGUUAA